GCCGCCAGCACCAUGGACAGCGGCCCUGGCCCGGGCAACGCCAGCGACUGCACCGGUCCCUUUGCGCGCUCGGCAAGUUGCACCACUCCGAGCCCCGGUUCCUGGGUCAACUUGUCCCACUUGGAUGGUAACCUGUCCGACCCGUGCGGUCCGAACCGCACCGAGUUGGGCGGGGGCGACAGCCUGUGCCCUUCGAGCAGCAGCCCUUCCGUGAUCACGGCCGUCACCAUCAUGGCCCUCUACUCUGUCGUGUGCGUUGUGGGUCUCUUCGGAAACUUCCUGGUCAUGUAUGUGAUUGUCAGAUACACCAAAAUGAAGACUGCCACCAACAUCUACAUCUUUAACCUUGCUCUGGCAGAUGCCUUGGCGACCAGUACCCUGCCAUUCCAGAGUGUCAAUUACCUCAUGGGCACAUGGCCAUUUGGAACCAUCCUCUGCAAGAUAGUGAUCUCCAUAGAUUACUACAACAUGUUCACCAGCAUAUUUACCCUCUGUACCAUGAGUGUUGAUCGCUACAUUGCAGUCUGCCACCCUGUCAAGGCUCUGGAUUUCCGUACUCCCCGCAAUGCCAAAAUCAUCAACGUCUGCAACUGGAUCCUCUCUUCAGCCAUUGGCCUGCCCGUAAUGUUCAUGGCAACAACAAAAUACAGGCAUGGUUCCAUAGAUUGCACACUAGCAUUCUCUCACCCAACCUGGUACUGGGAAAACCUGCUGAAAAUCUGCGUUUUCAUCUUUGCCUUCGUCAUGCCUGUCCUCAUCAUUACAGUGUGCUAUGGGCUGAUGAUAUUACGCCUCAAGAGUGUCCGUAUGCUCUCUGGCUCCAAAGAAAAAGACAGAAAUCUUCGAAGAAUCACCAGGAUGGUGUUGGUGGUUGUAGCUGUGUUCAUUGUCUGCUGGACUCCCAUUCACAUUUACGUCAUCAUUAAAGCCUUGAUAACAAUCCCAGAAACUACUUUUCAGACUGUCUCCUGGCACUUCUGUAUUGCUCUAGGUUACACAAACAGCUGCCUGAAUCCAGUCCUUUAUGCAUUUCUGGAUGAAAACUUCAAACGAUGCUUCAGAGAGUUCUGCAUCCCAACUUCUUCCACCAUUGAGCAGCAAAACUCCACUCGAAAUCGUCAGAACACUAGAGAUCAUCCUUCCACAGCCAAUACAGUGGACAGGACUAACCACCAGCUAGAAAAUCUGGAAGCAGAAACUUCUCCGAUGCCCUAACUGGGUCUCACACCAUUCAGACACUCACUGAGCUUAGAAGCCAC